AUGCCAUGUCGCGCAGCUACAGUAUGCCGCCAGGCUCCUCAGUGCCUCUGGAUCACCGAUGAUAUCCUCGCCGAAGCUUUCGAUCGAUUUGCUCGCGUGUCCAACACCCACAGACGUCGAGCGGAGGGAAGACGAUAUGGCAGCAAUGUGCCGGGGCCAUUGGAGGCUCACAGGCGCUCAGCAAAGAGGAGGAUGGGUGUCGCCGCGGUAGCGAGUUCGAUGCCCUCGCCUGGGAUUGACCUGGGAGCGCUAUUUGGUCUUGGAGGGUUCACGCCGGAGAGGAAGAUCGAUGACUGGAAAUGGCAGCCACCUGGGGUCAAAGAGACACCAAAACCAACGCGUUGGAACCUUGGAGUCGGUCAGAGGGCCAGGAAGGAUCGAUGGGAGACUUUUCUGGAAGUGCCUGAGGAAUCCUCGCCGGAAGUUCGAACGCAAAAGAGCAAGCAGGCUUUCGAGGAGAUGCUUUUACGGUUGAAGGGAAAUGAUCAGCCUAGGUCAGAAGAUACCAAAGAUCUCUUUGACUUCCUUCAGACUGCAGAAAACGAGCCAGAAGCUUGCAAUACCCUUCGGUUGGCUGAGUGGUUGAUCGCGCGAAAUUCAAUGGACGCCAACUUCUCUGCGUUUUACGAGCUGUUGCUUGGGAAAGUCAGGCUACAAACCCUAGGCCAUGGCGAGUUGACAUCGAUUAUGUCGCUUCUGUUGAAGGAUACCAAUGCUGCACGACAUGUGGCGGAGAUGGCUCAUCUCCUGGAUACGCUACCUACAGGAGGAGCCUUGGCCUACACAUGUGCGGCUCUUACUCGCAUGCUACAAGCCGAUAUGACAGAGCCGGCUUCAUUCCCUCGGCUUCAAGUUUGGUCACAGGUAGUUCGGGCAGCCCAGCGUCUACAAGGAGACCGUCCGCAAGCCGUCCCCUGGCGUGGCGUCUACGACAUUCUUGCAAGGCGUUUUCCAGACUUCACUUCGCUCAAAGACCACUUCUCCACCAUGAAGCGGAUGGAACUCUGUCGCGUCCUCUUGCGACAUUGGGUUCCAGUCAUGUCGAUCAAUGGACAAGAGGAUGGCAAGGAAAUGACCGUGACGGCUGUAGACGGCUCAAAGUGCCUGAUGCGACAAAAAGAGCACAGACCUCACGUUGACAAACUUGUGGAGGACUUCGAGUCGCUCGCUGCGAGAUGCAUGACUCGACGUGAGAAAGCGAGCGGAUUUGGGUCCGUGCCACAGCUAAUUGCCGUUCUUCACCAUCAUCGAGUACCCUACCUGGAGUUGUGCAACGGCCUCUUCGAUGUCCUAUUGCAAUCGGCCUCCACAGGUGGCGUCUACCGCGUAUUUUACGGAAUCACACACCACGCUGGUAUCGGCAUUGACAACGAGCUUGCGCAAAGGCUAAUACGUUUCUUCAUCGAUAAAAGCCAACCCAACCUUGCGGAGAAAGUCUUCCAUGCUGUCCCUUCUCUACCGCUCAGCACUUGUUAUGAGCUCCCAAUUUUCAUUGCACGAGACCGUCGCUGUCGCGCUACACGACUCUGGACAAUUUUACAGCGCCUAACACCAGAAGAUAGUGUCCCGUCAGGACAACGAAAUCAUCCCAGGAAUCGUUUGACUCCAGAGCAUGUCGACCUCAUCCACUUGGUGGCCUUUUACAUCUCUCGAUCGCAGCACAUGAAUCCGCGGAGCGCUUUCCGCCGCAUAUGGGAGUGCUACCUUUUCCUUCGCGAUCGCAAGGCGCCGGUCAAGCCCAUGCUGACACGAGCACUCGUCACGGCUGCAGUUGUUCGUCCCCUCGAAGCAUCUCAAGGGGUUAGCAAAAUCCAGUUCCACUACGUUCUCAUGCUCGUGGCGAGAGUGGAAGGACGAGGAGCCGCGGAAUAUCUUGACCGUGUAGCUGGGGAAAUCUGGAACAAGCACGUUUAUCCAAGGGUUCGUGAGAGAAAGGCGAUCACCGACCUGCAGCACUUCUCUAGUUCGUCGACAGAAGAGCAGGCCAAGGCCAAUGCUACCAGGACAAGACUCCUUACAGCAACAAAGCGGUUUCGUACGGAGAGAGUGUGGUUGGAUCCCGAGAAAGUGAAGCGACGAUGGAACGCUUUUGACUAUGAACCAUUUGCCGGCCCUCUUGAUGCGGAAAACAUCUAUGCUGCUAGUUAUCGUGAGGCGGUUGCAGAAGAGACUGGUGGAUACACGCCAUUUCAACUUGCAGAGGAUACAUCUUUCCCUAACCUACGCGAUGGGGCACAACAGAUUCCAUUAUCUGAGGACAAACCGUCUCACCCACCAACGGUUCCCGAACCCAACGAGGCCGGAGAGGAACCUGAUGCAUUAGAAACGCCUCAGCGGCCGGUAGUUCUGCGAGACUUCCCUUCAGACAGAGGUUCUGCAAGUUUGACCGGCCCGCCCGCCGAUGUGCCACGAUCUGGCCUGGGCUAUGUCAAUUUGCCUCACUCGGUCAUUCAAGAUGCCGUCGAGAGUCCAGCAACGUCACAAGCUCGUUCUGUGUCCGAGGAAUCGGCCGACCCAACUUCUCGUGUGACAGUCUAUAAGCCAAUAACCAGUACAGCAUCGAGCGAGCAAGACUUGUCAAACAACGGAAGCACGGUUUCAUUACUAGGCGCGUCACAGGAUUUUCCUGCUCAGACUUCCCAAGUGGGCUCGAAAUUGAGGAUAUUGCACCACGCUGCUAGUCCUACCGACAAGAGGCGAGGAACGUUGCGUCCCCCAACAUCAGAAGAGGUUCUCUCAGAUCCAAGCAUGUAUUGGAAAGCGCGCAACGUCACGCCAGCGGAGACCUGGAGGCUAAAGCUUCAUGCUACCUCAUUCAUUUGGAGGCGCGUGCCUUUGGAUUCUAGAGCAAUACGGGGAGAGGGUUUGAACACGAAACAACCGAACCCCACGUCGACUCGGCGACCUGGUUCAAGCGGAGGACGUCAGCCUUCAGCAGGAAUAAACGAGGCGGAGGCUGCGUCCAGUGUUGCUGCGUUAGCAGGCAGGAAGACCAAGUCGAGGCAGGUGCCUCGGCUUGCCGCUGAAGAAGGACGCAGUCCCGCAGACUCGUCAACUCCCUUCGAAGAGGCAAGCACAUCACCAAACGUUGUGACGGAGUCCACCUUGACCAGCAUCGUGGAAAGCCAAUGCCAGCAGAGCACGACACGUUCAGCUGACAAUGAGCCUCGCUACAGAUAA